UGUUUAUUUAAUAUCGCUAAAAUCACUGUUUAAAAUCCAAUAUCCGAUGUCUGCAUGUGGAGAGUCUAAUGACUGAUAAAUCACUGAUACACGAUGUUCACCAGACAAUAGGUAUUUUCAAUUCAACCUGUUACUUCUAUAUUUACGGUAACGUCCGUUGAACUCACCCAGCUGCUUCCUCUCGCGGUCACAUAGAGGUACUGCAACCUGACGUGCUUUUGAAAACAUCGUCUCGCGUUAAUUAGCUUAAAACGACCCAAUAUGUUACAUUUAUAUGUUAAAACUAACGAAAAUACCAGUCGGAUAAGUUAACGAGGACUAGUCGUGGAUACAUCUUGUAAAAUGAUAGCCUCUACUUUCCUUAACCGGGAGGAAACUUUCUGUACGUCUCUGUCUUUCAUUCCCCAAAUAUUUCCAUAGUCCCUCCUCUUCUCCAAACUCCGUCUCCUCCGCAGGGUUUGUUUCUCGGACCAUGGCGCUGCACUCCGAUCAUUUCACUGUAUACGUGGCGUUUUAUUUUGGUCUUUUAGCAUUGCUAAAUUUUACCUCUGCAACCCCAGGUGGAGGCAGCACUAGUGUUUCGUCUCUGCUGCAGCCGUAUGACUUCUUGUAUUACAGCGGAGUGCGGUCAUAUUUUGGUGGGGAGUGGGCGAAGGCUGCGGAGCUGCUGGAGAAAGCCAUCGUAACCAAAGAGUCACUGCUCAGGGUCCGCAGGCAGUGUCAUGAUAACUGUGUGGAGGCAGGGAGAGAGGCAUUCAAUAAACUGGACUCUGCAGAGGGGAGUCUGUGGGACCUCUGGACCUUGGAUUGGAUGCAGCAGAGGGCUGAAUGUAUGAGGUUCUGUAUUGGACGCUCUGUCUCAACUACAGGACAGCUCCCUGUUUCUACUGACAUAGAAUAUGAAUUCAGCAGUCGCAACCCUUACAACUUCCUUCAGGUCACUUACUACAAGUUGGAAAAGCUGCAAAAAGCGGCAUCAGCAGCUCAUACCUACUUUGUGGCCAACCCGAGUCACUUAGAGAUGAGGAACAACAUUGAGAAGUACAGACGGAUGGAAGGAGUGACCGAUGACGCCUUCCAGGACAGAGAGCUGGAGCAUGAGAAACACUGGGCCCUGUAUGAUGCUGCACUUCAGUUUGAGGCCUCCUCUGACUGGGUGCGAGCAACGCAGAACUGGAAAGCGUGUGUGAAUGAAACACUGCGGCAGACAGACGAGUGCAGGGUGCAGUGUGAGGUGGCCUCCCAACCGCUGCCAGAGGACAGGGGAGUGGACAGUGUUGAUGGCGUGUAUGAAAAGGCUGCAGUUCUUUCUCUCUCCCUGCUUUCGUGCCGGCAGUCCUGUGUGACUCAGGUAGCCACAAGACCGGGAAGGAUUUCUGCUCAGGAGGACUUCUUGCCUACACAGCUGGAGCAUCUGCACAUUGCACAGUUUAAAGCUGGUGACAUUAGCGGAGCCGUGCAGACACUUCGCUCUCUUCUCCUGUUUUACCCCACUGACAAGGACUCCGUAGACAACCUGCAGCUCUACUAUGAGACACUGGGAGGCGACACAGAGUCACCGGGCACACAGCCUGCUCAGGAGAUUGUCAGAUACAUUAGUCGCGCUUUGGAGGAGAAGAAGCUACUGUAUUUCGGUAUGGAAAACCUAGACUUCACUUUCACUGACCCAGAUCUUUGGACUCCUGAAGAUGUUGUACCUGAACCACUGAGGGAAAACUGGAGAGCUGAAAAAGAGAAAAUGAAUGAGAAAAUGAAAGAGGGAGAGCAGCAGGAGGAGGUGGAUGACAGUGGAUUUUUUGCAGGUGGUCCAAUCCGUCAGGUGGGUGUGACCAUCACCAUGGACGACGAGCUUCUGAACGGGACCAAUCGUGUGGUACUCGACGGAGUCAUGACUGAAAAGGAGUGCGACAAAAUACUGCAGUUAGCAAAAUCUGCGGCAUCUGCUGGAGAUGGCUACCGGGGACGACGGUCUCCGCACACACCUCAUGAGACGUUUGAGGGCUUGACUGUCCUCAGGGCUGUAAAGUUGGCUCAGGACGGCCUGGUGAACCAAACAGAUGCCCGGCUGUUACAUGAGCUGGGCGAGAGAGUGCGAGUGCUGCUGCACUCCUACUUCAGGAGCCCCACAGGACUCUUCAUCUCUUUCACACACCUGGUCUGCCGCAGUGCCAUCACAGGUGAUCAGGAGGGCAGGCAGGACCUGUCUCACCCUGUCCAUGUUGACAACUGUCUCCUUGAGCCAGAAACCAAUCAGUGCUGGAGGGAACCGCCAGCAUUCAUACACAGAGACCUCAGUGCCAUUCUCUACUUGAACGACAACUUUGAUGGCGGAGAGUUGUUUUUCACUAACAGAGAUGCAAAGACAGUGACGGCUCGAGUAAAACCCAGCUGCGGACGAGUGGUGGGCUUCUCCUCAGGUCCCGUAAAUCCACAUGGUGUUACUGCAGUGACCAGCGGCCGGCGGUGCGCGCUGGCCCUCUGGUUCACAAAGGAGAAGCUCUACAGGGACAUGGAGCGAGAGGAGGCAGAGGCCCUGUGGGCUGCAGACGGACACAGUGUGGUGAAAAAGGACCCAGAGGAGAAAGAGGGCAGCGCCAGCCCCAGCAAAAACGCUCGGAGCCAAGCACCGAAAGACAGGAGCAAAGUGAGAGGCAGGGUGACGGGAGGCAAGGACGAGCUAUGAGAGCGAGAACAAACCUAACAGACUGAAACAAACUGGAAUACAUUUUCACCUGCGUCCAGUUUAGUGGGCCAGUCCACCAUCGUCACCGUCACGUCAACCAUGUGCAUGUCACUCUCUUCAUCUUUCUUUUUUUAAUAUAUAAAGCUGCCUGCCUGUUUGUAUAUACUGUAUUUAUACUGUAUAUGGGGAAACACUGUCCUUUCCUCACUUUGACGUCAAUCUGUACUUUUAUUAAGCAGCUUUACUGACCGAUGUGACUCCCUUUAAAACUGAGGGGAAUAAAAGAAAUAAAUGUGACUCUACCAA